CACCGAAGCCGGCCGUGGGUCAGGGGGCGCGGAGGCGGGGGUGGGGUUCGCACCGCGCUCCGGGCUCUGAGGAUGCUGCGGCUUUCCCGCGGCCAACCCCGCGCUCCAAGGUCACGGCCCCGUGCUCGGGGACCCCUGCAGCCCUCGCCCUGGCUCUGGGUUCCCGGUUCUCCCGCCCCCGGGCCCCGCAGCGCUCCCACGGCGGGCCCCCACGGUCUCGUUGUCCGGUGUCAAUGUCUCGGCUCGUGUAUCCCGGCCGCCGGAUCCUGUUUCCCCGCUGCAAUCUCACCCCGGCACUGGGGGAUCGGAUUCGGAGCCUGGAGGGAGGGUAGUGAGCCCUGAGCGCCGGGCAGGAGCCGUCAUGUUCCUGUUCAUCCGCAGCCCCCAACGCCGCGCCCCCGGCAGCCCUCUGUCCUCCACCUGCCGAGCCCCUCCGGGGGUGAAACGGGGCCACCGCAACCCCCGGGGGCACCGGAGCGCUGGGGGGGGGCGGCGGAGCACCGAGGAGCCCCAGCUGCCCCCCACUUCCAGGCAGGUAAUGGGGCUGGGCAGCUAAUUGGGGGGAAUGGGGAGGACUUGAGGGGGUAACAGGGGCGGGGCAGCAACACCGUCCCCCCUCAAGGGGAACAGCUGGGCGGCUCCCCCACAUCUGGAGCGGCGUGGCCGAGCAGGGCAUAAUCCGGGGGAUUAUGUGUGUGUGUGCGGGCAGCGUGCAGCCCCCCCGCCCUGCCCUGCAUAUCCCGAGAUAUUCCAUAAAAACCGUAAAUCCCCACGCAGCCUCUGUUACUAUAAAAAAACCCCGUCCUGGCGCGGCCGGGCCAGAGCGGCGGCCCCCCAGGACUGCGCCAGGCGGCCCCCCGGGGGGACCGGUUAUGCCUGGGCAUCCCCUGGCCAUGGGCAACUGUACCAAGACCCCUGAGAGAAGGCUCUCCAAGGUAAGGCCGAAGUGCAGGGGGGUGUUUGGGGGCUGUGCUGGGCUUCCUACUGCCCUCCGGCUCUGCCUGCAGGACGGGAAGCAGCGCUCCGGCCCCCCCGGUCCCCAGGAUGGUGAGGAGCUGGCAGAGGCUGCGCAAUCACCACCGCUGCAGAGCUACUCAGUGCUGCAUGGGCUUGUGGGGCCGGCGUGCAUCUUCCUCCGGCAGAGCAUUGCCAUCACACAGCUGGACCGGGAGCUGCGGCCGGAGGAGAUCGAAGAGCUGAAGCAGGCCUUCAAGGAGUUUGACAAGGACCGCGAUGGCUACAUCAGCUACAAGGACCUGGGCGAGUGCAUGCGCACCAUGGGCUACAUGCCCACCGAGAUGGAGCUCAUUGAGCUGUCCCAGCAGAUCAGUGGCAAAGUGGAUUUCGACGACUUUGUGGAGCUGAUGGGCCCUAAGAUGCUGGCGGAGACGGCGGACAUGAUCGGGAUCAAGGAGCUGCGCGACGCCUUCCGCGAGUUCGACACCAAUGGGGACGGGCAGAUCAGCAUGGCGGAGCUGCGGGAGGCCAUGCGGAAGCUGCUGGGGCAGCAGCUCAACUACCGCGAAGUGGAUGAGAUCCUCAAGGAUGUGGAUCUCAACGGGGACGGCCUGGUGGAUUUUGAAGAGUUUGUGCGGAUGAUGUCGCGCUGAAGGGCCGGGAGCCGCCGCCGUGCCUUACCGGGAGGAGGAGGGGAGUAGGCCUCCCCGGGCCUGCGCUGCCCCUCCGGGGGGGGU